UUCUGCUGGAGCAAGCGUUAGUGCCCGUUAUUUGCGGGAACCGUCGUCUGAUCCGCGCACUCCUGCUAAUAGGAUGCUACUACCAAGCGUCUGUGAUAAUGUCCUGGUCUAGUGUAGCAUCUGAAUCCUCGCUCCAGUCGUAUCUUAUUGUCAAAUCGUCUAGACGUGCGACGUCGCUGCACUGUCACGUUCGGAACUGUAACUUAUAGUAGGCUCCUCUUCCGUCAACCAUCUCCUGCUGCUCCUGCUUCCGCCUUUCGCUGCUUCGCCACUCGACAGGCCGCUCAAUUUCUCGCAGUCAGUUCUAGACGAGCCGUCCCGGUGCCAUGUAUUGGCUUCGUCUGCCAGUCCUUGGCGCUAGGAGGCUAGCAGUCGGGCUGGCCUUGUGGCUCGCCGUCACUUGCGUCGUCAUUCGCGCGCAUUCCCACGCGGAGACGGGGCCCGGAAUCCCGCACCCGUUCGACUUCGCGUUUCCGGACCACCUGUGCGGGUCGCUGCGGGAGACGUACAUGGCCAUCAACGACCGCGUGCGUGCCGCCUGCAAGGAAGAGGCGCAAGCAGCCGCCGCUGCCGGCACACCUGUCUCCGCCACUCCUGCUGCUGCCGGUUCGUCCGCUGCUGCUGCCCCUCCGUCCGCUGCUCCCCCCUCUGCCUCCCCUGCAGCUGCCACCACCCCUGUCUCGUCCGUCCCCUCGCGGUGCCGCACGCUGAUCUUUGACUCGGGGCACGACGGGUUUGGCGACACGGUGUUCGGGAUGGCGUCCACGUUCGCCGUGGCGCUUCUGGACGAGCGAGCCUUCCUCAUGCGCCAGGAAUGGCUGCCGUACGCCUUCGAACCCGCCACCUUCGACUGGCGCGUCACCGACGACAUCCCCCUCUCCACCUACUCGCCGCAAAUCACGGAUGAGAACAAUCCUCCGAACGCGUCGUACGCCCGGCUGAGCCUGUACAACAAAAACACGGAUAUAGAGCAAUUCUUUAAGAAGCUGGAGAAGAUAUCGCAUAUCGGGGUGGUGUGGAACCGCGGGAUUCUGUUCAAUCUGCUGACGAAGGGGAGGGGCGCGUGGGCGGAUCGGUUCAGAGGCGUCGGGCUGACCCCGCCGUACGCCUUCGCCUGCAUCAUGCGCUUCCUGCUGCGCCCCAAGCCGGAAGUAUGGCAGCUAAUGCGGGACAUAGGGGGGCAGGUGCACCCUCCCCACAGCAUCAGCAUUGGCAUUCACACGCGCGUGAGGGACCUCAAAGUAUGGGAGCAUUCCACCAAGAUGGGUGUACCCAAGGUGCUCAACGCAUCUGAAGUCGAGGAACUCUAUAUCGAGAACAAGAAGGCGUUCGAGUGUGCACAGGAGUUGGAGCGGUGGUGGAGUCCAUCCUCUCUGAAGAUCAGGUGGUUCUUCAUGUGCAACUCCGCUCAGCUUAAGACAACUGUUCACGAUAAAUUCCCCGACAAGGUGGUGGUCACGAGUUUUGUCCCGCGGCACGUGGCGAUCAGCAAGGACCCCAACUCCAGCACGCACGCGGCGGACCCGGCGUGGUACCAGGAGACGGUGGCGGAGUGGCUGCUGCUGGCGUCCACGGACCUGCUGGUCAUCCCCGAGUCGGGCUUCUCGCGCUCCGCAGUCAUGUACUCCAUGCGCCCGGGGGCCGUCUUCAUGCCGCACAAGUGCACGCCCGAUGCGCCCGUGCCCGUUACUGAGUUGGCUACUGCUGGCUGUGGAGUGUGAUGCAACACGUUCAGGGUCUGUUGUAACACGGGUAUGAAGUGUAGAUGGUUUACUGCACUGCUUCGACAUAGAACCCUGGCAGAACUUACAUGUGUGUGCAGUGUGCACUCGCUGCUUUGUCUGUAUGCCAUGGGCCUUGUUGUAUGAUUGAAGUUGAUUAGGGAGUGUUCCUAAACCUUGGCCUCGGACCAACGACCUGUUGUGGUAAAUG